GGUCAAAUCUCGCGCGCUGAUGGGAUGUGUGCGGAAGGAUCGCUAAUUCAGCUAGUAACAGCUGGAGCCGCUUCGUGCCAGGAUCCCACAAGCGGAUCAUAGAGGGGGCAUUAAUAGAGAUGGACGGCAAUUUGACGCUGCAAUUGGCGAACUUCAGCACUCUGUUCGUGUGUAUGGUGCUGAAGUUCCCGCAGAUAUUCGUGCUGAUGCGGGCCAGAGCGAGCGCUGGUGUCAGUCUGAACAGUCUGCUGCUCGAGCUGCUCGGGUUUAUAGUGUUCAUGUCCUAUCAGAUGUAUUAUGACUACCCACCGCUCACAUACCUGGAGUAUCCCAUCCUCAUUGCACAAGAUGUCAUUGUGCUCCUGUUAAUCCUGCACUAUAACAGGAACCUGAAACACAGCCUCGUAUAUGCAGCACUGUUUGUGGGUGGAUGGCAGCUGCUCACAGUACAGAAGUGGGUGAUUGAUCUGGCCAUGAGCUUGUGCACUUUCAUUAGUGCCAGCAGUAAACUGGCACAGCUUCAGUGUCUGUGGCGCUCAAAGGACUCUCGGCAGGUCAGCACUCUCACCUGGGCUCUGGCCACAUAUACAUGCCUGGCGAGGAUCUUCACCACCGUCAUCACCACAGGAGACACACAAGUUCUCAUUCGGUUUGUCGUCAUGACCAUUCUGAACAUGUGGGUCACAGUUACAGUUAUCUACUACAAACCUCAUGCAGUGAAGCAGGAUUAAGAGGAUGCCACAUUCUUCAUACAGUGUAUCUCAAUGUAUUCUGUCUGCUGGUGGAGUUUUUUUUAGUUUUUUUAAGAAGAAGAACUAAACUAGAUUCAGGUCAGGUGCUGUUCGGAUAUAGCACUUUCUGUAUUACUAUUUAAAAGAUUUAAGAUUUACUGACGUUGGAUAAUUGUGUACAACCAAAAAUCUUAUCAUAAUGCUCUGGAUUUCCCAUUUGAUUUAUUUACAGUGCUUGCAAGGCAC